AUGAAAGAGACCGCCGACCCCAUGCGGGCGCUGCUGGCCCCGACCGGCGACCACCCAGGGGAGUUGCCGCCGCCUCGCGUGGACGCCGCGCUCGAGCUGGCGGGCACGCAGGCCGCGCCCGGCGAGCGGCCGGGCGUGCCCGACGCCGCGGCGGCGGAGAGCGGGGCAGGCUUCGCCGCCGCCCUCCAGAGCGCCGAGGACAGUGCCCCUCUGCUCAAGUUCGCCCGGCGCGGCACCGUGUCCUUCAAGAAGGUCGUCAAGCCGCUGGGGUGGACGGGGGCGCAGGCAGCCCUCGAGUUCAAGAAGCGUAGCAGCCUGGAGCACAAGGCGCGGAUGGGCACGGUCGUCCGGCGGAACACGAGGCGCCGCAGCAUGCUCUGGGCGGCGGCCCAAACGGAGCCACUGCCCGACGUGGAGCCCCUCGUGGAAGACGACUGGCAGGGCGACCCGGAGGGCCUCGAGAGCGGCAUGGUCGUGGAUCCUGGCCGGGCCCCCGAGACCGCCUCGCUGUGGGCGCAGCUGCACGCCGCGGACACCGACGAGGAGGCGGGCCCCGAGCAGCCCGCCGAGGCCGGCGCCGCCGCGGAGGGCGGCGGCCGCGGGGGCGACGCCGGGCGGAGCGGCGCACAGGCGGAGCCCAGGCGGCUCCUCCCGCUGGCGGAGCCAGCUGCGCUGGCGGAGCUGGCGGAGCAGGGCGUCCAGACCGAGCCGGAGGCGCGGCUCCCACCGCCCUGCACGGCGGAGGCGGGCCUCCAGACGGAGUCCUGCACGGGCACGGCGGAGGCGGGCCUUCAGACGGAGCCUUGGAUCCCUGGCCUGGCCGCGGGCUGGACGAAACGGGUGUCCCUGGACGAGGCCGCGCCCGCGGCGCCCCCCAAUUCUCCGCCUGGCCCGGACGCCGCGGCCGGGCUCCGCACGCCCGGCGCGGACUCCUCCGCUGGCCCCGCCCCGGGCGCCGCCGCCCGCCCGGACGGCGCCGCGGCCGUUCCCCGGAAGGAGACGGUGCCGCGGAGGCCGCCCAGAAGGACGCCGCCCAGAAGGGCGACGCCCAGGAGGACGUCCUGGAGUCCUCGAGGCGGAGGUCUGGCGCCGCAGCCGCCGCCCAGCAGGACGAGGUCGACUGGGCGGCGGUGCUCGACGACUGCGCCGGCUGGCUGA